CCGACGGCCAGCCGGCGAUACGGCGGCGGCGACGCGGCAGGGCAGAGACACGGGACAGGGGAGGGCAGCGCCACGGCCGCAGCUGGUUCAAGCUGCCGAUGCUGUCGUCGCAGCAGGCUUCGUAUGUGAGCAAGGACCAACAGGGCGAAGAAGACGACGGCCACGACGAGGAGGUCCUCAUCCCCGGGUUGCCGGCGAGGUUCACGUACGCGCGCGGAGCUUGAGGUUCACGAACUGUUCUCUCUAUAAGAAAAUCUAACAAGUCACUGUUAGAUCUGGUACUGCCAAUAUAUAAACACUCUUCAGCUUAGCUCACAAAAGGGCACAUCCAAUCCAAAAAGUCCAAAUAGAUGGAGUUCUUCAAGCCUUUGACGACAAUGGCUGCUGACAGAUUCUUGCACUUCGCCUCGCUCGUUUCCAUGGUGGUCUUGGCCGCCGGAUCGAGAUCGCUGGACGGCAUGGCAGCGCUGCCGCGCCGUGGCCAGCUGGUUGCCGGUGGGGACAACGACAAGAACGAGUGCGUGUACACGCUGUACGUGGAGACCGGGUGGAUCUGGAUGGCCGGCACGGACGCGGCGAUUGGCGUGGAGCUCGCAGCGGUGGACAGCAGCGGCUUCGCUGUUGGGGACCUGGAGCGGUGGGGUAGGCUCAUGGGCGCCGGGCACGACUAG